AUGAAUCCAAGGUUAUCCCACGAUAAGAUUCGGAUCAGUGAGUCGGAGGCUCCUGGACGUCGUUUGCUACUGCGAAUGAUUGACGUGCAACGCAUGUUAGCAAACGUGAACACUUCACUUUUGACUGGGGUAUCGUUAGGCAGAGACGACUGGGAAGAGCUUAGGGUAGGUUGCGUGACACUGGGAGAAGUCUUUGAGAAUGAAGUGGUGUUUGCGUGGGACGAUGAGGAUACAAGUUCUGUGCAGUCGCUGUCGCAGUCACACAAUUCGCUACCAUCUCCUCUGCGUCGCCAUCGCCCUGGAAAUGAACCAGGGAAGAAUCCGACUCUGCAUUCAUCGAUGCCACCAAAAUCAAGAGUGACAAGUACGACGAAUGCUGGUCCCAAGAGACGCUCCGUCACCUUCAAGGAAACGGAAAAUAUGCAACCCAAAGAUCAGGAUGAGUUUGUUGGAUCAGUGUUGAAUAAACCACUGCAAACCAUCAUGUCCAUUGGAUCUCCAAUCGUGCCACAAAACGAUAGGAUAUUGCUGGGAGGCCCAUUAUCAAGCGCGCCGGAUGAAAUCCAUGAGGAGAACGAUGCCAUGGUAAAUGGUAGUGGGCCACAUGGGGAGCAGCAGCAAAAUGUAAAUGGCACCAAUGGCAAUCUGGCAAAACAUCGAGUACGGGCGAAUCCAAAUGCAUCUCUCCCCGGGGAGUUGCCAAUGGAAGCAGUUCCUUUGGGGGUAUUCGAGAAAGGUACAACUCUUCCAAUGCAUGUCUCGGGAAUCGACUCGGAACGAGAACAAUCGGAGGGAACCUCCAAAAGGGCUGCAGAUGUGGCAAUGGAUCAAGUUCCGUUGGGACAAUUUCAAAAGGGGAAAAUGUUGGCGCAACGAUCCGGCAUUCCGAACGGUCCCGAUACGGGAUCUGACCGAGGGCAGGGGUCCAUGUCAACAUUUGGGAACAGUGAUACAGAUCUACAAGAGAUGGCGUCAUGA